ACUCCUCUGAGGCUCUUGAUGAACAUCAGCCUGUGGUUAGAAGCCAUUGUACUACCAGGGUUCGUACUGCACCCAACUCUACAGUUUCAUGUUAAUGGAAUUUGAACCGUAAAAUAAAGCAAAUUAUCGACAAAAGUAAAGAAAACGAGAGGUUCACAAAAAGCGAACUACGACUGAUUUUUCCACCAGGGAAGUUAACGCUCGGCGAAGGGAUACAACCGACAUCGGAGGAGGAAGAACUGCGGUCCGCUCCCCUUGCUAAUUUCCUCUAUUUUUUUUUCGGCUUUACAUUCCGUGCUUGGCUUUUCUCUUAGGUCUGUGCCCUUAUUUAGAUGGCGGCAAGCUUCCCAGACUCUGUAAACGAAAAUGAUAUAGGAAAGGCAAAGUUCAUCGGUGAACUCCUGGUGCCUGUUGCUCCCUUCGACCAGAAGGCUGGACGCGAGACGUGGACAGUAGCCUUUGCACCUAAUGGUUCCUACUUUGCCUGGUCUCAGGGGCAUCGCAUUGUGAGGCUCAUUCCCUGGGCAAAAUGUCUGAAGAACUUUUCAAUCGGCCACAAUGGAGAGGCCACCAAUGCCUCGAGCCCUCGCCGUUUGUCCCGUCAGAACAGCGACGGGGGCCAGGAAAUCCAGCCGGCCGACGAGCCCCGCGAACACACCAUCGACUGCGGUGACAUCGUCUGUGGCCUGGCCUUCGGCUCGUCCGUCCCCGAGAAGCAGAGCCGCUGCGUUAACAUCGAGUGGCACCGCUUCAAGUUCGGUCAGGACCAGCUGCUACUGGCAACGGGCCUCAACAAUGGUCGCAUCAAGAUCUGGGAUGUAUACACUGGAAAGCUCUUGCUGAAUCUGAUGGAUCAUACUGAAUUAGUGCGAGACUUGACCUUUGCUCCCGAUGGCAGUCUCAUGUUGGUGUCUGCCUCCAGAGAUAAGACCCUCCGCGUGUGGGACCUCAAAGAUGAUGGUAACAUGGUGAAGGUUCUGCGGGGGCAUCAGAACUGGGUGUACUGCAGCGCCUUCUCCCCUGACUCCUCCAUCCUGUGCUCAGUGGGUGCAGGCAAAGCAGUGUUCCUAUGGAACAUGGAUAAGUUAACCCUGAUCCGGAAGCUGGAGGGACACCACAAUGACGUGGUGUCCUGUGAGUUCUCCCCAGAUGGGGCGUUGUUGGCCACCGCCUCUUAUGACACCCGUGUCAUCGUAUGGGACCACCACAAGGCCACCAUCCUGCUGGAACUCGGCCAUCUUUUCCCUCCUCCAUCACCCAUUUUUGCCGGGGGGGCCAAUGACCGCUGGGUUCGCUCUGUGAGCUUCUGCCCUGACGGCCGCCACCUCGCCAGCAUCACUGAUGACAGAAUGGUGCGUUUCUGGAGCAUCGAGGAGAAAGCCCCUCAGGCCAUCGGCUCCCUCUCUAACGGCCUCUGCUGUGCCUUCUCCGCUGAAGGAAGUGUCCUUGCUACUGGGACUCGUGGCGGGAGUGUGCUCUUCUGGGAGUGUCCUCGUAGCGUUGCCAGUCUGCAGCACAUGUGUAGGAUGUCUAUCCGCCGGUUGACUACCACCCAGCAAGUGGAGACGCUGGCCAUUCCUACACCGCUCCGCGACUACCUGACCUACAAAAUCAUUUAACCCCCACCCCUACCCAGGACCACCAGCUGACUCAACUGCACCUGUCGCUGUAGCAUCAUGCUUGAAAACCAACAAAAUACUUCCUGGAAAACCUUUUUUCAUAGAACUUUGUUGAACAAAUGCAAUCAGGACAGAGAGAAAGAGAGAGAGACCCCUUCCUCCCCCCACUCACAGCAGGAUAUCGUGUUCUGUCAAUAUUUAUUUUCGUAAGUUCUUCAGUAGCAAGCACACAUCCAUACCGGUUAGGUUAACAUUUUCCAGGGCCUCCUGUCCCCCGUUACAUGCCUGUGUGCAGCCCCUCUUCCAGCUGCCUCAGCCAGGUUCAGUAACCCUUCAACUUGAAGGGGGCGUUGCACUUCAUGCAAGUGCCGUUUGCAGGUGGGUCAGCAAAAGGGAUGAGACGUGGGAUUUUUUAAAAGAUUCAAGAUCUCAAAAGGCCAAUGCUACAUGUGUGAACUGUAAAGUAUCUUUACAUCAUCGCCAUGGCAUAAGAAAAGAACAGCCAAGCAGUUAUUGUUCCCUCCCCGAAACAUUUCAGCCAGUGAAUGACAAGGAACUGAAGUGGAGAUAUGUCUUUGAAAUAUCUGCAUUGGCUUUGCAAAUCUUGUAUCGGUCGGGGCAAAGGCAUCAUUUCAUUGGUCGGUUUACCAGAGAAGCACCAUAGAAAGUUGAAUUGUAUUUGUUCCUUUUGAUCAUUGUGUUGACAGCCUUAAGGAAUCUACUGUUUCUGAACCGUUCACCAACUAUCAUUCCAUUAUGAUUGUUGGUGGUGGGAAUGCACAGAGAAACAUGUAGCAGUCAAGAUAGUUCAGGCAGCAAAUGGCUUCUGCUAAAGAUUAACGAGGAAGGAAGGCAUUCAACAUGUGCUGGCCCCAGGCCUACAAGCAUUGUGUUGAAGUGAGAAACCCUCAGUGUAAACAUAACAUUGUUUACAAAAAUCUCCUCGGGGGAUCUUACAAUCCUGCAAGCUACCAAACCACGCUAACUGGCUGUCAACAAAACUUCUGUAAAUUGCACAGAAAACAUGUGUCCGACCACAUGAUGUAGGUGCACUCUGCCCCCAAACCUUUCUCAGUCUGGUGAGAUCAAUGGCAAUAGUAUGCUUGAAUUUAAGUGUGCGUGCCCCCCCUCCCUGUUCUCAGAGUUGCGUGUGUGUAUAUGAAAAUGUCUAUAAACAAGUCUUAAGCGUUUGUUUCCCCACUUUGCCAUUUAUAUCCAUUUUUUCUUUCUCAUUUUUGUUGUUCUUUGUCAACCUUAUAAAUGUGAAAGAGUCAACACAUGGUAACACGUCUUACUGUUAUAGCCCAGAGAGCUAUUACAUUUCCUUACAGAUUGGACACAGUGGAAGUGUCACUUUAUGUUGAAGUUACGAUAAGACAUUUAAGCGACCCUGAAAUUAAUUUAAACUAGGCUAUCUGGUGUAAGAGCUUCAUGUUCACUCUUGAUAGAAAUGUAUUCACAUGAUAAUCCACAAUGACGCUUUUUGGAGAUACAGUAUUCUAGGAGUCUUCUGGUUCUUGAUUGUCACUUUCACGUUGUGAGAUGUGAAGAGGGCAAAGUGAGCCUUUUGUUUUUUCCUGUGUUUCUGUAGGGAGGUGGCUGCGCAUCAGCCGUCAAUCACUUUGGCAAUACGUUCUCCGACAGUCGGUGCUAAUGCCAAAGGUUUUCAUUUCCACUUUGUUUUUAUAGUUUCCUGCUGAAAUAUGGAGUGCGUCUCAUGAAGGGGCUGAAGUGCUUCGUUAUGUAUAUCCUUACCGGGGGUUGCAUUACGUUACCAUGGUGUUUGGAAAAACACAGUCCUGCCUCAGUGAGUUUGCAGUAUGAAGCGUUAAAUAAAUCAAAUAUAUAUGAAUGUAUAAAGGUAAUUUUUCUUUGUGGGUUUGUUGUUUCAAUAAAAGUUUUUUUGAUAAAAUAA